CUCAACCUCAAGAGCAUCUGCAACAACCUGUUGACUGCAAAACUACUGCAUCAGAAGAGACAGAAGACAGAAGUCAGAGCAACAACUAACUUCAACCAUGCUCUCUACACUUCAGAAAACUGUUAGACCGGUGUUGGCUGUCAGAGGACUGCAUCAGUCUGCAAUCGAAGUUUUGAAGCGCCCAGCCCCCGAGGACACGGUCACAGCCAGCUUUGGGAGGUUCAUCAGUGAGAUAAAGUCCCAUCACUUGUCCCCUGUUGUCCUCCACCGCAGCAAAAGGAUGGUGCUGGACAGCAUCGGGGUCGGUCUGAUUGGCAGCAACACCGACGUGUUUGAAUUGGCUCUGCAGCACUGCCAGUACAUGUACGCUCCUGAUGACAUCAGCUUUGUGUACGGACGCAGAGGAGCCAGACUCUCCCCGACACUGGCAGCUUUUGUCAAUGGAGUGGCAACUCACUCCAUGGACUUUGAUGAUACGUGGCACCCUGCCACUCAUCCCUCUGGGGCAGUCCUCCCUGCUGUGUUAGCACUCAUCGACAUGAUGCCGUCUAACAGCAAACCUAGUGGCCUGGACCUCCUGCUGGCUUUCAAUGUCGGCGUCGAGAUCCAGGGGCGACUGAUGAGGUUCUCUAAUGAGGCCAACAACAUCCCCAAGAGGUUUCACCCUCCCAGCGUGGUCGGGACAAUGGGGAGUGCAGCUGCCUGUGCACGCCUCUUGUCCUUGGAUGACGUCCGGUGCAGUCAUGCCUUGGCCAUAGCUGCUUCUCUUUCUGGAGCCCCGAUGGCUAAUGCUGCCACACAGUCUAAGCCCCUUCACAUUGGCAAUGCCUCACGUUUGGGGCUGGAAGCUGCUCUGCUGGCCUCCCGAGGCCUAGAGGCCAGUCCUCUGGUCCUGGAUGCUGUGGCAGGGGUGGCCGGCUUCAGUGCUUUUUAUGAAGACUACGUGCCACAGCCUUUAGAAUCACCCAGUGACGGUGGCCAUUCAUUCCUGCUAGAGGAGCAGGACAUGGGCUUCAAGCGCUUCCCUGCCCAUCUGGGGAUGCACUGGGUGGCAGAUGCUGCGGCCUCGGUCCAUCAGCUCCUCGUAGGAGUUGGUCCUGGCACCAUCUCCCCAGCUCAGGUGCAGGACAUCCAUCUCAGAGUCCCGAAAUCAAAGUACAUCAACAGGCCUCUUCCUGAGUCUGAGCAUGAGGCACGCCACUCCUUCCAAUUCAAUGCUUGCAGCGCUCUCCUUGAUGGCGAGGUGACUGUGCAGUCCUUCACACCAGCUGCCAUGGGUCGCCCUGAGCUGCUAGCUCUGCUGAGCCGUGUUCACAUGGAGCAUCCCGACGACAACCCGGCCAAUUUCAAUCGCAUGUAUGGCGAAGUGCAGGUGAAACUUGUUGGAGGAGAAAUCCUGACCGGACGGUGUGACACCUUCUACGGUCAUUGGCGCAACCCGCUGACUAAUGAGAGCUUGGCAAAGAAGUUCAGAAACAAUGCAGGGACGGUGCUUCCUUCAGAUAAAGUGGAGAGUUUGAUUGAUGUGGUGGAGGAGCUGGACAGAAUCGGGGACUGCAAGGCUCUUCUGUCACAGCUGAAAUGAAAACACAAUAACAGCUAAAUGAAAUCAUUAAACAUAAAUACCUCAAAAGAUAUUUGACCUAAAUAAUUAUUAUCAAUGUUGUCAGCUCUUAAAUUAAUGCUGAAGAAUAUCAAUCCAUCCUAAUUGAAAAGGCAAAAAUCAAACUUUGUAUCUUUUGCACUUGAUGCAGGUUCUGCAUUGAAGACAGCUCAUAGUCCUCAUCACUGUACACUACACUUAUUAUGCAUUAUCUUUGUCUCUCUUACUGCUGAUCAACACUGAAACCUGUUGGGCUAAUAAUAUAUUCAUCUUAUGUGUAUUGCUAAUUAAUUGAAUUAUUUUUAUUUUGAUAAUUAAUCCAUAUUAUUAGUUGUAAAAAUGUGAUCUAUUUACUUUGGUCGGAUUUAUAAAAAAAGUAUAUGUUAUACAUAACAAACGUAUUGGUGUUUCUCUUGGUGUGUUC